AGUACCAAACCAGGAAUCAGGCUCUCUGGCUUGGAGCAAAUUUUUGCUGCUGUACUGUAGAAUGGCAGUGAUUUGCUUCAACCAAAACAAAGCACCUUUCUCAAACUGGACAGCAAUGCAGAUAUGUCUUCUUUGGAUAUAAGCCAAUUUCUGCACGGGUAAACAAAGAUGACAGCUGGAUAACAUUUGGACAAUAUCAACAAAAUGACUUCCUCCUCUCUGGACUGGUCCAUUCAGAGUGCAUUGUCAUCUCUUUACCCUCCAUUUGAGGCCACUGCUCCAACGGUUCUGAGCCAGCUCUUUCGUACCAUCGAGGCACGUUACCAGGGAGAUGCACUGCAGUGCUUUUUAGAUUACCUCAUUCCAGCCAAACACAUCCUAGAAAGUGUACAACAGGCUGCCUGUGCUGAGUACUCUGAUGUUUUGUUCCAGUGUGAAGGUUGGCCUCUUUGUUUAAGAGAACGUGUAGUGAUCCAACUAGCACCCAUUAACCCUUUACUGUUGCGUCCUGGAGAUUUCUACUUGCAGGUGGAACCCUUUGGAGAACAGUCAGCCCGAAUAGUCCUCAAGAGCCUCCUGGUGCAGGAGGGUCUCUUGGCACAGGAGGAUCUGGUAUUAUUAACAGGUUUUAGGGCACAAGAAGGUCCUGCUGUGGAGGAGACUCCCAUCCCAGAGACAUCCUACCCUUGCAUUUUCACUGAAGGUUGGUUAAAGGACAUCAACGAGGAUCGUCAUGGUAAUCAGUUACAUCAAUGUGUGCUUUCUUCUGACAAGGGAAUUGUAAAGGUGCCCUGGGCACAAGUGAUCAUCCCUGAAUUUCUGGACAGGCCAAAAGCUCAAGUGGAGUCUGAAACAAUAUGUACAACAGAAGGUUUAAUACAGCAAGAUAAUUUACAGGAAGAACCCACUUCAAAGUUUCCUGAAAACAUGUCUUUUCCCAAAAUAACUUAUGAACCAGAAACAAUGAUCUUUCCAGCUAAAAAAUGUGUUGCAAUUCCGCAUCGAUUAGUGAAAAGUGGCAACGAAUUUGUUAAGAUGGAACAAGGGAAUUCUUUAAGCAGUCCUACAAGUAAACCUGUUGGAUGGGUUUCCCCAAAUACAUGGGACAGCAGGCCCAGUCAAGAUCUGGAGGGGGAAUAUGUAGAUCUUUUAGAUUUUGCCACAGAGAAGGAUGCUUUACGCUUUAAACCAGCUGUUGUACCUCCAGUUCCAUUGUAUUUCAGACCUCAUUUGCCUGUUUCAAAAGAAGACAGCAUCCAAUGUAUUCAAGCCUCAAGAUUGACGGAUGAGCACUGUGUUCCUUGUCCAAGAAUUAAUCAGUUUUCGGAACAUACACAGAUUAGUCCUGAGUCAAAGGGUAGACACCGUCAGUCCUACCUAGCAGCUAUAAAAAACCCAGUAAGUUUCGAGAAAGCACAUACAAUACUGCCUCUGGAUGAAACAUGGCCAGGAUUAGGAGAAGCAGAACCAGGCUAUGAGGCACAAGGGCUUGACUUUGAGAUUGAAUCUUUAAGCAGCUCUCCAGUGCAGGGUACAGCCAAACUUAACCUAAAACAGUCCUGUCAGGAUUUAACUGAGCAAGAUCAGCACUUAGUUCAAAUUAAUAUGAAUCCAAAACACUUGUCUCAGAAUACAGCACUGCCAAGUCUCAACACAGCUGAACAGCCAAAGCACUUGCUAACUGAAAAACAUUCAGACAAUCUUCAGAAAACUGUACUGGAACAUUCUGAAGCAGUUACUGUCAACAGGCUGGAGAAACCUCAUCAAAUGCGAUCCAGUGUGCUUAAGAAUCAUAAAACGCAACACUUGCCCAAAAUGGGACUACGAGCUUUGCCAGAUCAUAGAAGUCACAGACAAGAGACUGCUGUUUACAAAUGUCAGGGUGUGGGCAAGGGGGUGCAAAUAGAUCAGUUUGUGCAUAGCCUUGCACCUGUUCAAAAAUCACUUCAACAACCUACAGGACAGAGACCUUCUCUGCUUCCUCACCCACAGAACAAUUUGAACAUAUUUCAAGAACUAAACUGUCAAUUUAGACAAAGAUCUAACUGUGAAAAUAAGCACUAUGGUGAAAACCCUGGAAUGAAAGUCUUGGGGAAAAGCAGGCCUAAAGGCCGCUCUGCUUCCACCGUAUCAGAGCCAACCCGAGAGUGUUCACAGGAGGAGAAGCCAGCCAGCAGGAGUCGCAGUGAUGUCUGUCCAGAGAUCAUUCCCUUGGUUCCUGGAGUUCAGGUCCAACAAAGCAAGAAAAGCACAACCUUUGGUCUUGUGUCCCCAAAACUAAACAGACGGAAAGCAGCAAAAAAUGACAUGCCAGCUACUGGGUCCGCUGAACAAUUUUCUGUACUUCAGAAUGGGACACUGCUCCAGAGCUCCUCAGCCCAGUCACAAAGCCUCUCUCCUGAACAUGAAAGUCCAGGAGAGAGGUUUACUGCCCUUUCACACGACCCCACCAUCAAGAAUAUUCUCCAGUUGGGCAUCAUCUGUCUGCCAGGCAGCCGAGACAGAACUGGCAGAGCUGUUCUUGAAGUCCAUGGAGGAAAGAAUGGCUGGCUAUCACCUCUACUUUCUCCUCUGGUACUCUGCAAACUAGUCAUUUAUCUUCACUCCAUUCCAAGGAGACAAGUGAGAGAUCUGGGAUUAACAGUCAUAAUUAACAACCGAAAAGGUCCGAUUUCCACAAUGCUAUAUAAGUCUUUGCUAAUGGUCCAGGAGCAGGUCCCUCGUGCUAUGCAUGGUGUGUUGGUACUGGUGGAAAAAGACCAAAGUCCUCAAGCGGACAGACCACCGGGAUUACAGAUGGAUGUUAUUACGUCACUGAAAGUUCUUCAUAAGAUUGUUGAUGCACAGCAACUGACCAGUGAAUUUGGAGGAUCCUUCUCUUACAAUCACACAGAUUGGCUACUAUUAUACCAAAAAUUAUUCCUAUUUGAGAUGGACCUUCAGGGAGCUGUCUUGUUAUUACAGAGUGCUAUAAGAAAAUUGAACAGUAACAAGAAAACCGACACAGCAGAGGAUGUAAGGAAAUGUAGCCAAGAACAGAAGAGUGCCAUGAAACAGGUACUUGAAGAUACACAUAUGGUCAUGCUUCAGAGGGAUGGUGGUGCUAUAAUAGCCAGAAUGCGAAAGGAAGAAUGUAGAUUUACUCAUUCUGAAGACUACAGGGCCUCAAUGGAUGCUGUGAUGUGUCUAUAUAACCAGGUUGAAGAAGGAGUCCACACUCUGGUUAUGAGAUCCAAUCAAUCACUGCAACAUCUAGAUCAUGUGCUCCUCCUGCGAGAGACAGAGGAACAACUUAAUACAAGCAGAGAAUGGUUUGAAGAGGAGGCUAAGAGAUGGCAGAAGGAUCUCAACCCAGCAGAAGAAACCAGGGAGUCACUGGAACAAAGACUUGCAGACAUUAAUGUUGUCCUCACUCAAGCCCAGGAGAGAGAAGAGAAAACUGUGUCAUUGAUGAACAAUGUGGAAAGAAAGAUCCAGGGGACAUGUUAUCCUGAGACUAACAUUUUUCAUAUACACAUGACAAAGUUCAAAACCAACUUGGCAGCUUUCAUUUUGCAAGCUGAACAGCACAAGACUGACCUGGAGGCAUUGAUCCAUCUGUUUUAUUUCUGUGACCAGGCCUUUGCUCUUACCAAAGAAUGCAGUUAUUAUCUAGAACACAUGGAUGUAAGCUGCUACCCAGAGACAGCCAACAUAAGCAAGCUGAAAUCUUUUCAGGAGAGAUUUAAAGUCUUUUCGCCAGAGCGCUUCGAGGAGGAGAAGCGUAAUGCUUUGACUGAGACACAGCCCGAGGUGGUCCGUGUAUGGAGUGAGGCUCGUUCAGUGUGCCAGGAUGUCAAACAGAGACUGGAGGAGAAGCUGCUCGAGUUUGAUAGAAAGCAAAAGCUUUCAAGAUUUCCGAAGAAGGAUGAAAUAAUGUUGGCGGAUGAUAAAGCUUCUUUCCCAACUCCCUCUUCCUGCCUAAACAGCUGUUCCCAGGAAAAUUUUAAUGCCCAAUGUCACCAGAGUGAAUCUUAUAGACAUACACAGAAUCAAGACAGUCAAGCAAGGGAUAAAAUUGUAAAUAAUCACAAAGAUUCAGCAUUAGGAAGAACCUUAACUGCUCAGUUACUAAAGGUCUCCCGUGAACACCGCAGUGAGGAUGAUCUCAGGAAUGCUGACCUUGUUGGCAGGGGUGAGAGGUAUCUAGCAUUGGGCCGAUCUCAUAGUGAGGGCUCCUGCAUAAGAAGCUGUAGUGCUAUGUUAACUGGGCCUCUAUUAUCCGUGUGCCAAAAAACAUCUAUCAGCCAACCCUGUAUGAUGCUAGCUGAUAGAGAAUGUGCUGCAUUUCAUCAAGACCGCUUCUGCUCAGACUAUUCCAAUAUGAAACUAGAAUGGAUUCAAAUGGAUAUUACAGCUAAGCCCACAGAUACUGUGAAUGACCAAGACUUUCAAAUAUCUCGGCAAGAAAGCUUUUGCUCAAGUGUGUCUAGCCCAAGACAGGGCUGGAUAAAGGAGGAGAAAAGCAGCAAGAUCUACGUGGAUGAUAAAAAUACUGGCUACCCCUCCAGAGACCCUGUACCUCCAGACAGGCUAAAAUUUAACUCAGACUGCAACACUGCCUUAGAACUGGAGAACAGCAGUAAUUUAAUUAAAUUGCAGCACAUCAUGGAAGAGCUGUUACAGACAGAAAGAGAAUAUGUUAAAGCAUUGGGUUAUGUUAUGGAGCACUACCUCCCAGAACUUGAGCGCCAAGAUGUACCACAAGAUCUGAGAGGACAAAGGGGAAGCAUCUUUGGAAAUCUGGAAAAACUUAGAGAGUUCCAUCAACACCACUUUCUCAAAGAGCUUGAACUUUGCUUAAGACACCCUUUUCGUGUGGGACGAUGUUUUCUACGACAUAAAGAGAGUUUUGGUCUCUAUGCUCUCUACAGCAAAAAUAAACCUCGCUCUGACCACCUGCUGAUUAACCAUGGAAAAGAGUUCUUUAAGCAGAAACAACAGCUUCUGGGAGACAAAAUGGACCUGUCAUCAUACCUGCUGAAGCCAGUGCAGCGCAUCAGUAAAUACAAUCUGCUUCUGCAGGACAUGCUACAAGAGUGUGACACGACAUCACACAAAGCUCCUGAGCGUGCCGAGUUACAGGCUGCAUUAGAGGUCAUACAAUUCCAGCUUCGGCAUGGCAACAACCUUCUUGCUAUGGAUGACAUCCAGGAAUGUGACGUGAAUCUGAAGGAACAAGGGCAACUGAUUCGCCAAGAUGAGUUCCUGGUGUCCUUUAGGAAGAAGAAAUGUUACAGACAUAUUUUUCUUUUUCAAGAUCUUAUCCUCUUUAGCAAGACCAAGAAGACAGAGGUUGGAAAUGACAUAUAUAUCUACAAACAGUCAUUCAAGACUUCAGACAUUGGAAUGACACAUAACUCUGGUGAUAGUGGGCUGUGUUUUGAAAUUUGGUUUCGGAGGAGGAAGUCACAGGACACAUACACACUACAGGCAAGAAGUUAUGAAGUGAAGAAAGGCUGGACCAAAGACUUGGAGAGGAUUUUGUGGGAACAGGCUAUACACAACAGGGAGAUUCGUAUGCAAGAGAGGGUCUUCAUGGGAAUUGGAUGCAAGCCUUUUAUGGACAUUAAGCCUAGUGAAGCUGCCAUCUGUGACCGUGCCAUUAACUGCGCUAUAACAGGACGAGAACGAGGAUUUCUUGCCCAGAGGCCGAAUUCUACUGGUUCAGCCAGCUAUGUGUCGUCCUGCAGCCACUCGUCUUCAUCUUCUUCCUCCGGAAGAGGAUCUGUCUCACCUGUCGGUUACCACAUUGCCUUUUGUAGAAGAGUUGUUUCUGCGUCGGACCCUGGAGGAUUCUCCAAUCCAGGAGAGCAUGACCUGGACCAGGAAAAUGUCAGGCAAAAUCAGCUCGUUGACAGUUCAGAAUCUUCAGGCGAGAGUGUAAGUGGCCUCAGCAGUUCCGGCUACAGUUUCCAGUCAGUCAUUGGAGGAGAACAUGACGUACAUUCCUUAGUCAUAUCUGACACUGGUCUAGGGAAACCAGAGGACCACCAGCAAGACAAGGAAAAAUCUAACCCCCAACACCAAAACAGGGAGCAACCACUCAAGGUUCAAGGGAAUAUACACAUGGGAAAAUCAACUGAAGUUUAAAUAGAGUAUUAUUUCCAUCAUGGAGCACUGUGAACCAUGUGGAACUAUCUAAUCAACAUGGAAAUGUU